GGCCGCGUCGCGUUUUAGUCGCUGUAGCUACGCGCUAGGCAAGACAAGCAGUAUGGCGGAAGAAGAGAGUGAAUUUGAGUUAGAAGGUUUUAAAAAAGAAUUGAAGAGUUUAUUUGUCAGUAGUUCAAGUGAAGAAUACGGACUUCAAAGCAAGUUAUAUUGUGUACGGUUCUGUAAGUUGGUGGAGGUGUAUUCAGGACGAUGGCAGGUACCCUUGCCACAGCUGCGGGUGCUCCAGACUGCUCUAUGUUCCUUUGUCCAAGCCUCGGCCUGCUUCCCGUCUGACUGUGAACAUGUAUGCUACACACUGAGUAGCCUUGCCCUGAGUGCUUUUGAGCUCUUGCUGUUUUUGAACAGAAAUAAGAUCCUGCAGGAUCCCUUGAAAACAAUCCUUGAUUCGUUCCAGGAAUGUUUUUCCCAGCUGGAGAGACACCAGAACAUCCACCUGCUGCAGGUGGGACAGAUCAUCAGAGAGAAGGGACCGUGGACCAACCCCAUACUGCAGGCCAUCCUGAAGGACUCACAACUGCCCCGGGAUGAAGUGGACCGGUACCUAGGCUCAGAGGUGCCAGUGUUCUUUGAACUGCGUGUUCGUUACCUGCUGUCCAGUGAGAUGUUCACCGAGGCGGUGGUCUUGGCUAAGACCUGCUCUCAGCACCCUGUUGCCGGGCGACACCUGUUCUUCCGACAGGCCUACCUCACCUGCCUGUUGAAGGCAUCGCUCCCUCGCCAUAUGCACGAAGAGAUGUCUGACAUCGACGGUAAGGACGCUGUGGAUAUCGUGUGUAACACAGAGAGUGAGGAGAGCGACGAGACGCUCCUGGCCCUCUGCACAGCCUUCCUCUCUCAGCAGCUACACCGGGGAGACCUGUACUGCAUGUGGGAUUUGGUGUUCAUAUGGAGUCGACUCCGCCUGCGGGUCAACCCUUCCAAACAGGCCUUCCUGGAAGAGAGUCAUCGGUUGCUGCUGUCUGCCACCAACAUCAGAUCCAUAUUCUCUUUCAUUAGAGUGAUCCUUGCAGAGCUGGGAAAGGAUGGUCUCCAGUUCUGUGUGGAGCUCUGCACCCACGCCCUCCAGACAAACCCCUGCGACGCCGCCACCAAGUCCCUCAUCUACAAGACGGUAGCCUACCUCCUCCCCAACGACCUGGAGGUCUGCCGGGCCUGCGCCCUCCUCGUCUUCUUCCUGGAACGCACCGUGGAGGCCUACAAAACGGUGUUCCUCCUCUACACGCACCCCGACCAGGAGUACCACGUCGAAGCCGGUCCCAUCGGGAACCACAUCCGCUUUGAGAUCCUCCAGACCUUGAAGAGAGGUCUCUACUUCGAUCCAGAGUUCUGGAACCUUUUGAAUCUCCGGACCAACUGCCUGAAGCUGAUGAGCGAGAAGAAGGCGGCGUUGGCACGGAUGAUGAUGGAGGAUGAUGGGUGGGUGUCCAACUACUGCAGCACCGCCACCAAAGAGCCCUGUUGCAGCUGGAGCGCUGACCUGUCGGAGCGUGUGCAGCCUAAACAUGUAGAGACUAAACCAGCACAGAAACACGUUCAGAUUAAACCCUUUCACCAGGUAACAGCGCCCAAAAGGCGGUUCCAAAAAGAAGAGAAGAAUCACGUCUCGACGGCGCCGGUGGCAGCCAAACGUGUCAAAGCUCAAAGGUUGGAAAGAACCUCUGUUGUCGAGUCGCAGCAGCUGCCUGUUAAUCAUGUGACGCCGGCGAUGGCGAAAGCUAAGACUGAGAAGCUGGCUGAACCCCCUGUUGUCGAGGAACAACCUGUAAUAAAAAGAAGAGGGAGGAAGCCUGGGCCGAAGCCGGGACCGCGGUCAUCUGUCAAAACAACAGAGCCCUCAGCCGAGACCACCUCUGUCAGACGGUCCUUCAGACAACUGGACAUGGCGCAGGAGAACCUGGCCAGGCAAGUCGGUCACAGACCACAUAGGCACAUGACCAGACUCUCUGAGAAGAAACCUCCCAAACGGAGGGGUAGGAAACCCCGGUGGCUCCUGGAGGGUACGUUCCAGGCUGAGAACAGUGCUCCCCGGAAGGGUCGCCGCCCGGGGAGGAAACCUCCACAGCAGAAGACCCAGCAGACACCAGUGGACAAGACCAAUAAGACCUCUCGGUCUGGUGCCGCUGUCAAGGAAAGCACAACCAAACAAAAGAAUGCCGUGACCUCACAAAAUAAAAUGGCGGCCGCUCGUCUAACAGCUCCGAGGGAACAGGAAGUUAAUCGUCAGAAGGAGUUUCCUGCUACUAACCACCUACCAGCAGUAUCUCCUGCUCAUGACUCCAAGCUGGAGGUCUCCCUACCUGACAACGAAGUAUUUGGGUUCUUCCAUGAGGAUUAUCUCAGUAGGCAAGGACUGGUGACUCUAAACUGUGAUAAAUCUAAGGCACCAAUCCAGGCACAGUAUCGGGUGAAGGAUCGACUCGGAGAGGUGUUUCUCCUUUCCGCUCAGGACGCCAGUCUCUUCAUACAGCAGUUGCACAACUACGCCCAGACGCCUAAGGCGGAAGGUGUCACGUUGAACGCUGAAACCUGUUUGUUGAAAGCGACGGAUGUCCGUCCCUCCCUAAACCAAAGUUGUCUGCCGGUGCCAUGUGACGCUUCGAGGGUAUUUUACCAGACGUCUGCAGUGGAAAUGGAAGUUGAGGUCACCUCACAAACUGUGACUGCGACUGACAUGACUUUCACACCACAAGGUGGCGCUAUCGAACACAUCGAAAGUCCCAAGAAUGAGGACGGAUUCUCUACCGAUGCUCAGCAAACAUGUAUUCCAUCUGUUCUCUCAGUGAAUGUAAUUGUUCCUAAUAACACAAGAAGAAGAACAAAUACAUAUGUAACUAAUGUUCCAAGAGAACCAACGGAAGUUACGAAUGUUCCAAAAAAGCAAACUGCUUCUGAAGUCGGGGAGAUUCUAGAAUCGUCCAGGAAGUCCGAAGUUACCGACAUUCUGAAAGAGGCUAUGGAUAUAGCAAACAUUGGUGUGGAUGAAGCAAUGGUGGGGGACGGUGACACUGGCAGCGUCCCUGGAAAGGAAACUCGGGAGCUUGUUGUUCUUACUCCUUUCUGCUGGCUGGCUAAUACCUCAAUGGAUGCGUUUGCUAGAGAGUUUGAAAAGUUUGCCAAGGGUCCGGAUUCCGAUGUUGUCGCAAAGCAGCAGUCGGUGACACCACAGACCACAGAUGGUGUCUCGCGCAAAACGUUGGAGACGACAUCGUCAACGGUGACACCACAGACCACAGAUGGUGUCCUCUCCAAGGUUUUGUACGAGACACUGUCAACGUCUCCAAAAGUCAUCCCUACGGCCGUCACAGACCCAGUGGUCCUUGAGGACACUUCAAAAAUAACCAAAGUCACCCCACAGAACACUACAGACAUCCAGGAAAACAUGGACACUCGACACACCCAACAGGACAUUAAAGGUACCUCACAAAACACGGAGCCGGAGGAUAUCCCAACGGCCGCUGAGAGCUUCCCACGGCUCACUGAUGAGACCCGGCAGCUUGAACACCCUCUGAAAGGCACUGUGGGUACUCCAGAGUUCCCUGUGGACUCGACACAGGACAAUGACACCCCUCAGUUCACUGAAGACCCCCCACAGAAUACACAGGACAUAAGACAACUCACAGAGGACACCCUGAAAGUCACUUUCACUGAGGUCACCCCACAGGCUACUGAGGACCGCACAAAAGCCACUGUGGAUACUCCAGAGGCUGUGGACACACUACCACAGAACAUAGAGGAGGACAGCCGGAAAGUUACUGUCGACAGCCAGGAAGUUACUGUCGACAGCCAGGAAGUUACUGUCGACAGCCAGGAAGUUACUGUCGACAGCCAGGAAGUUACUGUCGACAGCCAGGAAGUUACUGUCGACAGCCAGGAAGUUACUGUCGACAGCCAGGAAGUUACUGUCGACAGCCAGGAAGUUACUGUCGACAGCCGGAAAGUUACUGUCGACAGCCGGAAAGUUACUGUCGACAGCCGGAAAGUUACUGUCGACAGCCGGGAAGUUACUGUAGAUACCUCUGAGCACAUUGAGGACGCCCUACAAAUACUAAACACUGCAGACACCCUACAGCUCACAGUGGAUGCCCCAAUGGUCUCUGAAGAGCUCACCAAGGACACAUGUGGUGCCACACAGAACAAUGGGGACACGCCACAGCUCCAUGAGGACACACCGGUCACUGAGGACACCCUAAGAGUCCCUGAAGAGACGUCACAGGAACCCAAAGACACCUCAAAAGUCAGCAGAGAUACCCCGAUGGUCUCUGAGGACACCCUUAAAGUACAUGUGGAUACUCAAAAGGUCCCAGAGGACACCCCACAGAACAUACAAGUCAAUGAAGACACCUCAAUGGUUACUGAAGACACCCCACAGAACAUACAAGUCAAUGAAGACACCUCAAUGGUUACUGAAGACACCCCACAGGACACACAGUACAAUUCACUGGUCAACCCGAAAGUCACUGAAAGUGCUCACACUCCAAAGGUCACCCCAAGAGUCCCUGAAGACACGUCACAGGACUCCGAAGACCCCUCAAAAGUCACUGAAAACUCUCCACAGAAAACACAGGACACCCCAACUGUCUCUGGGGAUAUCAGACAAACUCCUGGAGAUGGCACCCUACAGGAAAAUGAGAACAGCCCACUGGCAUAUCGCUGUAGUCUCUGCAACAAAGUUUUCAAAGGCAAACGUGUUAUAGCCCACGCCAUGUACCACUUCCGCAGGGACCAAUGUAUGUUCUGCAGGAUGCUGUUCAAAAACGACCUGCUCGCUAUGAUGCAUCUGUCCCAGCACAUCGACAAGUUGAAAAAAGGAAACCUACCGCCUGAUAUUGAGGAGGUCCGUGAGAACUGUAAAGCUGGGAUGUCAGACACGCCUGGACGCUCAACGCAGAGGGGGAGACGGGGACGCAAGAGGAUCCCUGUGAACUCCACAGAGUCAACACCUCCGGAUUACAGGAAGCUACGGUCCACCAAUAGGAUCUCCUCUGUAAACUCCUCGGAGUCAACUCCACCGGAUCGCAGGAAGCUACGGUCUAACCCUAAUCUACUGUCGACCAAUAGGCUCUCAACUGACUCUCAACCUUCACCAGAUACUAAACUCGCAACAGAAGAGUCUGAAGGCAAGCAGUCGACACAGAGGGUCAAUGGGCAGAGGGGCAGAAGACGAGUUAAGGUUGAAGGAACUGAGGGUGAUGGUGAUACUCAGGCAGAGGAACAAGAAAAGAUCAGUAGGAGGCAAGAGGAGGAGCACUCGGCUCUGGAACAGAGGGAAGAACCCGUGGAGAUCUCGACUUCUCUGGCCAAGACAUCGACAGGUGAACAAGGGGGAACCUGCUCCUCUCCUCUGACAAAGUUUUUGGAAGAAGAGGAGAAUCCCUGUUCCUCGGCAAAGACCAUGGAGGACAACACAGAAUCUCAGGCUGUAUCGGUAACACAGGACAGGCUUUCAGUUUCACCUCUAGAGACUUCAGUUCAGGGUAAGGAGACUCCCGGCAUCUGCCCUGUGGAGGGAUGCACAGAGAUAUUCACUGGAAAACGGCGUUCUCUCCUCGGACAUAUUCUGGACGAUCACCGCGGCGACGCCAAACCCUUGGAAACGACGUUCCUUCACGGGAAUGGCAAAUGCAAUAUUUGCAAGAAACCCGUUUUGACUUUGCAGCAUUACCAGCACCACAUUUUAUGGCACAAAGGAAUUCCCAGGCAUCCCUGUCUACAUGAUGGAUGUAAAGCCCGGUUCAGUGCAGCGACAGAAAUGAGGAACCACGCGAAGACCCAUCAGCCUCUCCUGGCAGUGUGCUGCUUCCCAGGUUGUCGGGAGCGCUUGGCUUGUCUUCCGGAGCUGAACCGCCACGAACAAGAACACUAUCGUCUUCCAAAGGAAGGGAAGGAUGAAUCGGUUUCCUCUACCCUUGUCACCAAUACCACCUCUGUUAACGUGAUUAAACCGUGUAAGACGAGGAGGAAUAAGCUUCAGAAGAUGCAGGGUGUUAAGAGACGAUGGCCUCUUAGAGAAAAGGAGGGAUCUGCAACUGACCUCACUACUACUGUAAAGGUAACCAGGAAGUAUGACUUGACCAAGACGUUAAAGAAAACACAGGUGGCAAAGCAACGGCAUGUUCAUAGAGACAAGGAUCCUCGUACUACUGACCCCUCUCCCGUCUCUCUAAAGGUAACAAAUACGUUGAGGAAAUUGCAGGUUAAGAGGAAACCGUGUGUCGGUAAGAAAAUGGACGCUCCAAACACUCCCGUCACCACGUCCAAUGAAAAAGCUGAGCGAGCGAGCAAGAAGUUAAAGAUGAUUCAUAAGGUAAAGAAAGCGUGGUCUGUAAAGAGACAGAACGUUAGCGAAGACAAUUAUACCCCAACUGGUCCAACCACCUCCACCACGAUUACCGCCACUGAAAAAGCUACCAAAAAGCUAAAAAUCAUAAACAAGUUGAAGAAAAUGCGAGUUAUUAAGAAACUGAACGUUAGCGAAGAAAAAGAUACCCAACUGGAUCCAGCCACCGACACAAACGUGACAGAAAAGUUACAGAAAACGCAACUUGUAAAGAAACAAAGAGUUAUCAAGGAGCCUGUUGGCAAAGAACCCAGGAAGACCUCCAAAAAACCUGUGACGUCAAAGACCUCUGGUCCAGAGAAACAUGUUAAUGAAGUCACAGAAGUGGUAGGAAGUAAAUCAAAGGAAGAAGGUGAUAAACCAUUGGUGGAACCAUCAGACUCAACAGCUAGCAGUGUCUGUGACCAGAAGAUGGUUAACGGACACUUAAAGGACCUCACUAAAGAAUCGCCAAAAUACCAGAGAAGUCUUAAAACAAGUACAGUUUCCAAAUCCAAGAAAUGUGACUCACGAAACCAUAAACCUGCUACUCCCAAACCCCCUACAAAUACUCCCAAACCCCCUACAAAUACCCCCAAACCCCCUACAAAUACCCCCAAACCCCCUACAAAUACCCCCAAAACCCCCAUCAAGGAGGAAGCGAAAAACUCAACUUUCUUUGGGAAGAUUAACAACAGGCCAUACAUCCGACCUCCACCCACGGCCUACCUAGACGAGAGGUACACCACCAUGCCAAAACGCAGGAAAGAGAUGUCCUGGACCCCUCGCUUCUCUCCGACGCGCCCGGACCUCGUGGUGGAGGCGUCGGGGACCACGGCGACACCGUCCGUCCGUAGGCAGCGCUGUGCCAAGUGUUUCUUGUCCUUCGACAGUGGAGAAGAGUUGCAGACGCACGUCUCGCUGAAGAAGUGCGCAACCCUUUUCGGCUUCGACUCAGACGAGGACAAUAGCUCGUGAAAGCUGAUCGACAAGAGGACAUGUUUGGAUGUGCUGCUAGGGAAGGGGGGGGGGGGGCUGUUGAACCCCCCUCCGAAACCUGCUAGGAGUGUUGAACCCCUUUCGACCCUGCUACCUUACUGAGGGACGACCAAGGUUUUACAUGACUCUAUAACAUGACUUGCUGGCUAGUCUGGGACAGCCAUGCCAGGCCUCCCCUUGUGACUGAGGCUGGCAAUCAGAGGCGGCUACAACAGGAGACACCUCUCCACCCUGCUACCCGUUUUAUUGAAGAGGAUUCUGGGAUGUGACUGAGGCUGGCAAUCUGAGGCGGCUACAACAGGAGACACCUCUCCACCCUGCUACCCGUUUUAUUGAAGAGGAUUCUGGGAUGUGGCUGAAGUUGGCAAUCUGAGGCGGCUACAACAGGAGACACCUCUCCACCCUGCUACCCGUUUUAUUGAAGAGGAUUCUGGGAUGUGACUGAGGCUGGCAAUCUGAGGCGGCUACAACAGGAGACACCUCUCCACCCUGCUACCCGUUUUAUUGAAGAGGAUUCUGGGAUGUGGCUGAAGUUGGCAAUCUGAGGCGGCUCCAACAGGAGACACCUCUCCACCCUGCUACCCGUUUUAUUGAAGAGGAUUCUGGGAUGUGACUGAGGCUGGCAAUCAGAGGCGGCUACAACAGGAGACACCUCUCCAUCCUGCUACCCGUUUUAUUGAAGAGGAUUCUGGGAUGUGGCUGGCCCGGUUGGCUUACAGCAGAAGACUGAGAACAGUGAAAGGGUUGUGACCAUUCUUCCAUGUUCUGUCUCCCAUGGUCAUAGGAGUGACCUACGACCUUUGAACCCUGACCUCAAAUCCAAAGUUCAAGGGGUCUUUUGGGCUGACCGAUUUUUUUUCUCGAUUUGUCGACCAGGAAGCGUCUCUAAACUAGAGCCUGAAGGACUUAUGAGGCGGACACUAUGAGACCUGGCCGGAUAGUUAAUAUAUUCUUUGUUUUUAAUUUGUUUUUGACCUUAUUUACUUUGGACUGAAGAAGUGCCUGGAAUCCAACCUGCUACUUCCUGCUUCUCUUCUAUUGGUCAAUGGUCCAGGGGGUUUUUCCUCCCAAUUGGCAUCUUAUUCCCUCUAUAGUGCACUACCCUAUAUGAGCCCUGGUCAAAAGCAGUGUACUAUUAAAAGGGAAUAAUUUGGGCCACGGAGACUUAUUGCCGGGGGCCAAGGAAUGACUCUUGAAGAUGUGAGAACUGAUGUUAUGCAGGGAUGUUAACUAUACAAAAUGUUCAAAUAUUUAACACACACUAACAAAUUUUAUUUUAUAUCGCUCAUCUUUUUGCUAUUGCACUUGUCACUUAAACCCAAAACCCUCCCUAGUGAGUUUAACCAGUCAAACUGCCAAGAGGAAAGGGGCUCCAAAACCUCUUCUUUGGAUUAUAUAUCUACGACCCACAAUGCAACAACGUGUAUAUUUAGAUAUCGUGUUGUUAGGCAACCGGUAACUGUCCAAAUAAAGGAAACCCUUGAGUAAAAUGAGGGGAUACAGAAGUUAGUAUAUAUGUGUGGGGUGCCAUUUUCUUGGUAUGGUCCAGGUCUACUUGUAGAAUCUAUGUCAAGGUGCAUUGAAGCUGUUCUGGCAGCUCGUGGUGACACCUAUUUAAGAAAUUGAUGUAGGUGAUUCCUUUAUUUUGGCAAUUACAUGUAUUUGAUCAAAUUUUAACCAGUUAUUAUGAUUUAUUUAUUUAUUUUUUACUAUGGAUCCUCUGUGACUAAAUUCUGUUCAUUGAGAGCAUGUUCCUGUGAUUGGAUACUUUUUUUUAUAACUCAAUAUUACUUUAUAUAUUUUUUUCUUCUUGGGGUCCAGCCUCUGACUCACACCAAUUGACCCAUCACAUUUAAUUUAUUAUGCAGUUUAUUUUAUUAAAUCAGUUACCCAAUCAAGGCAGGGCCCCGCCCAGUUACCCAUGUGGGAUGCCCCUGCCGCCUCCUUCUGUCCCCUGUCCGAUAAUUUGCAGAACGGCAGCAGGCUGUCUAAAACUCAUUGACAGCGGGCUCCUGAAUCCUCCUGUGGUUGGCGGUUGCAGUAAAUAAAUAUCUCUAUCUAAUAUAUAUUGUAUAUAAGUGUCUUGCCCCCCCCCCCCCCCCCCACAGGCCUGGGCCCAGGGGCUUCAGCCCCGGUAAGCCCCUGCAUUAACCCGGCCAUGUAUGUGUAGGGAACAGGUUGCCAUUUGAGGACUAAACAACAACCUGUUUGAACAUAUUAGCCAUCAGGACUAAACAACAACAACCUGUUUGAACAUAUUAGCCAUCAGGACUAAACAACAACAACCUGUUUGACCAUAUUAGCCAUCAGGACUAAACAACAACAACAAUAACCUGUUUGACCAUAUUAGCCAUCAGGACUAAACAACAACAUCAACAACCUGUUUGACCAUAUUAGCCAUCAGGACUAAACAACAACAUCAACAACCUGUUUGACCAUAUUAGCCAUCAGGACUAAACAACAACAUCAACAACCUGUUUGACCAUAUUAGCCAUCAGGACUAAACAACAACAUCAACAACCUGUUUGACCAUAUUAGCCAUCAGGACUAAACAACAACAUCAACAACCUGUUUGACCAUAUUAGCCAUCAGGACUAAACAACAACAUCAACAACCUGUUUGACCAUAUUAGCCAUCAGGACUAAACAACAACAUCAACAACCUGUUUGACCAUAUUAGCCAUUAGGACUAAACAACAACAUCAACAACCUGUUUGACCAUAUUAGCCAUCAGGACUAAACAACAACAUCAACAACCUGUUUGACCAUAUUAGCCAUCAGGACUAAACAACAACAUCAAUAACCUGUUUGACCAUAUUAGCCAUCAGGACUAAACAACAACAUCAACAACCUGUUUGACCAUAUUAGCCAUCAGGACUAAACAACAACAUCAAUAACCUGUUUGACCAUAUUAGCCAUCAGGACUAAACAACAACAUCAACAACCUGUUUGACCAUAUUAGCCAUCAGGACUAAACAACAACAUCAAUAACCUGUUUGACCAUAUUAGCCAUCAGGACUAAACAACAACAAUGUAUGUGACUUUAAUCCAUAUUAUAGUUUAAUGCACAUUUUAAGUUUCAUUCUUUGUAUAUCUGUCUGGGAUGAGUUGACGCGAUGUCAGUCGGUCUCAACACAACCAGAACUACGCUGUCAGCUGUUGUUCAAUGUACGUCCCUGUCCCAAACGGUUCCUUGUGUACUACUUGGGACCAGGGGCCCCAUUUGGGUUAACUAUAAGGAAUAGACCAGGGGCCCCAUUUGGGUUAACUAUAAGGAAUAGGCCAUGGGCCCCAUUUGGGUUAACUAUAAGGAAUAGGCCAGGGGCCCCAUUUGGGUUAACUAUAAGGAAUAGGCCAGGGGCCCCAUUUGGGUUAACUAUAAGGAAUAGGCCAGGGGCCCCAUUUGGGUUAACUAUAAGGAAUAGACCAGGGGCCCCAUUUGGCUUAACUAUAAGGAAUAGACCAGGGGCCCAUUUGGGUUAACUAUAAGGAAUAGACCAGGGGCCCAUUUGGGUUAACUAUAAGGAAUAGGCCAGGGGCCCCAUUUGGGUUAACUAUAAGGAAUAGGCCAGGGGCCCCAUUUGGGUUAACUAUAAGGAAUAGGCCAGGGGCCCCAUUUGGGUUAACUAUAAGGAAUAGGCCAGGGUGCUACUUGGGACUCAUAUUUUAUAAAAAGAGGUUAGGAAUUUGUUACGUGUAUUAAUCUGACCCAUCUGUCCCCAACCAACAACGCUGCAUUCAGAAACCAGUGUAUUGAUAUUGUCUAUUGCUCAACACAUGGACGAGACUAAACGCUUCUAUGAGCUUCUGACAUCACUUCCUUUUUUUUUCUUCUUUUAAAAAAAAAGAGAAAUAACUAUUGUGAUGUCAGAAGCUCAUAGAAGCGUUUACAUUUUUUUUUUUUUUUAAUCUAUUGUGAUGUCAGUGAGGCGGCAGCCCACCGGGCGGUGACUGACUGUUCUACUGAACCCAACAGAACAGUGGCAGCAGGUGUAAUGUAUUAUUCACAUGGGGUUUUUCUAUUUGGCUCCUGUAAAUAUGUGACGAGUUCGAAUGGCUUAUUAUUUACUGGGUGUUUUGAAACGGGUUUAUAUAUCAUCAAGUUCUUGGUGUAAAAUAAUAAAAAAACACAUGUUAUUAAACUGGUA